AUGAAUAUGAAAAAAAAAAUUGAUCUUCCUUCUAUUCCAUCCUCUUCUGACCGCUUGGGUAAAGGAAAACCUAGAGGUUUACAAAGUGCACGCAAACUACGUACACAUCGCCGAGAGGAACGAUGGGCUGAUAAACUAUAUAAGAAGAGGGCAUUAGGUACAGCUUAUAAAUCAUCACCAUUUGGUGGUUCCUCUCACGCUAAGGGCAUUGUACUUGAAAAAAUUGGCGUGGAAGCCAAGCAACCAAAUUCCGCUAUUCGUAAAUGUGUUCGUGUUCAGCUAAUUAAAAAUGGGAAAAAAGUCACUGCUUUCGUUCCGAAUGAUGGUUGCUUAAAUUAUGUAGAAGAAAACGAUGAAGUUCUACUUGCUGGUUUUGGACGUAAAGGGCGUGCUGUGACUUGCGUUAUUUGUGGGUUCUUCCUUACUGCGUUCUCUCGAGUCACGUCAGUUUCUGGAGAAGAAUUGUCACAAAGCACAACGACACCUACUCAAUCAGUGUCAGAUACAAAAAGCAGCGAUGGCUUAUUAAAGCUAGAAGGCAACGAAUUAUAUGACCAAGCUUUAUUGCAGCUAGGGAAAUUGAAGCCUUCGUCAAAAAAACGGAUUUCAACAAAUAGCGAACUCGAUGACACAGAUCCCAACAUUCUUCUUAUUAUAUAUAAAGUUUUUGCACAAAUUUUGUUCUCCAUAUUCGGAUUACGCUCGCCAUUUGCUGAACAUCUGGAUAUAGGAAAAAAACAUAGCACAGAAAUAAAAAACCCAAGAUUAAAUAGAGCUGUAGAAUUACUGGAGAAAGCGGCUUUCGAAUUUGGACACGAUGGCGCAUUGUAUACUCUUGGAGAAAUGAAUUUUUUCGCAAAAUAUACUCAUCCACGUAACUUGACUGCGGCUUUUCAUUAUUAUCGAGAGUUAGCAAGUCGAUCAGGAAAUGCGACCGCACAACAUAUGGUCGGCUUCAUGUACGCGACUGGCAUAGGUGACGUAGUACAGCGCGAUCAAGGAAAGGCAUUAUUAUACCAUACUUUCGCAGCUCUUGGUCAUGAGACUGCAGCUGAAAUGACGCUUGCGUAUCGAUAUUUCACUGGUAUCGGUGUUCCACGAAGUUGUGAGGAUGCUGUGUUUUACUACAAACGUGUAGCGGAUAAAGCUAUUGAAUAUUAUAAAUCUGGUCCACCUGGCGGCCGACAGCUUCCCCCAGCUAAAAUAAAAUUAUAUGAUGAGGAUGGCGGUGUGUACGGAUAUGGGGCCAGUGGGUCAGGUUCCGGUUCGUCAACGAAACCUGGAGACCAAGCCGCAUGGGACGAUAUUUUGGAAUAUUAUCAUUAUUCGGCUAAACAAGGUGAUAUUGCAUCUCAGCUAGGUUUAGGUCAACUUUAUUAUCAGGGGACAAAAAAUAUACCUCAAAACUUUAAACUUGCUCUACAAUACCUCAAACAAGUUACUGACCAAUAUUGGUCCCCUGUUACUUCUUUGUCUGAGCCUUUAUCGGCUAAUCCAAAACUUGCUCAUGCUGCAGGACAAGCCGCAGGGAUUUUAGGUCAAAUGUAUUGGCGUGGAGAAGGUGUUGUUCAAAAUAAUCAAACGGCUCUUGAGUGGUUUAUAAGGGGUGCGAAAAAGGCCCGUUGUAAGAAUCCUGCGUCUUAUAAUGGCCUUGGUCUGAUGAAUUUAGAAGGUUUGAAACACUAUGACAAAGUUUUGGUUGAGAAGAACCAUGAGCGAGCCAUGGAAUACUUUAAAUUAGCGGCCGAAGAAUAUCCUGACGCACAAGUCAAUUUGGGUCUAAUGUAUCUACAAAACAAUGAUAUUAAAAGAGCCUUCGAAUGUUUUACAACAGCCGCAAGUUCAGCCCACCAUCUCUUAGCGUAUUAUUAUUUAGCUGAAAUAUAUUCGAAUUCGAAAGGGCUUGCGAGUGAACAAAAAUCAUGUCCUUUGGCCGCUGCAUUCUACAAAAAUGUUGCAGAACGAGGCGACUGGCUUCAUUCACCAUUUCCUGAUGCUUAUAUAGCACACUCUUCUGGUAAUCGUGAGGAUGCGUUAAUUAAUUAUUUAAUAGCGGCAGAGAGGGGAUAUGAAGUCGGACAAGCAAAUGUCGCUUGGUUAUUAGACAAAGAUAAAUCAUGGUGGCAUUUACCACAUUUGGUUCCGAAACCGGAUCCAUCGCGUGAUAGACUGGCACUUCUUUAUUGGACUCGAUCUGCAAAUCAAGGAAAUGUUGAUGCACGAGUAAAGAUGGGUGACUAUUAUUUUAAGGGAUUUGGUACCGAAGUAGAUUAUGAAAAAGCAGCAGCUUGUUAUCAGGUCGCCGCGGAGGCGGAUUUCAGUGCUAUGGCAAUGUGGAAUCUUGGGUGGAUGCAUGAAUAUGGCAUAGGGAUUGCUCAAGACUUUCAUCUUGCAAAAAGAUGGUAUGACCAGUCUUUAUCGACUAAUCCUGAUGCGUAUCUUCCCGUCACGCUAUCAUUAGUUAGGUUGUAUUCAAGAAGUUUUUGGAAUUAUAUUACUGGCUCUGAUACAGCUAGAAGUGAGGAAGAAUCAUCUAAAGGACUAUGGUGGAAAGAUCCAUCUUUCAUCGAAGAUGAUGAAACAGGUGGGUCUGUAGAACAGAUUCAGACAAUGGCAAAAGAUGAUGAGCAAAAGAAGUCAGACGAUUAUUUAAGUUCUCUUUAUCCGGAUAUUUUUGACGAUGCUGAUGAAAGAGAAGCUUGGUUUGAAAGUUUAACGAUAUUAUUGAUGUGUAUUAUGGUAGGAUGGUUAGUUUAUAUUCGACAAUUACGAUGGAACCCUGCCCAACCGGCUGGCGCUGCACCAGGUUAA